CAAUAUAUUUAAUUCGAUAAAACCCUGACGACAACAAUCUCUGUAUUUAAGGUUUUUUAAUAAUCGUAUACAUUUGCGCUGCAAACCAAAUAAUACUCGAGAGUGGGCAGAAUGGCCCCAUGCAAGAAUUGCAUAAGAUAAUACCGAAUGAAAUAUGCCAUAGUAUGCUGCCAUAACAGUUUCCUUCGUAGUCACCCUUAUUAAAUUGCGAAUCAAAAAUAGUGCUCUAGCUAAUUUAACACGCUGAACGUUAACAUGUUGGUCCCACUUCAACUCCGAAUCAAGUGUUACGCCCAAUAAUCCAAGCUCUCUGCGUUCGCUUAAUACUUUAAUCAGUGCUAAUAUGUUUUCAAACGAGGUGUAAAUAUUUUAAUUAAAUAGGUUUUGUGACUUCAUUAAAAUUACGUUGAUGUCCUUUUAUAGAGGAUAAUGUUAGAUAAACGCGCUUACUGUAAUUUGUGGGAUAGGCAUAUAUUUAUAAAUACAACUUGGCUUGGUGAGGUGCACGUUUUGAGUACGAGUUUAUUUGGUCAAAUGGAGAACACUGAGAAAAGUGCUGUAGCAGAUCUUAAUAAUGCAAAGCAGUUCUUGAAAGGUUUUGGGGAAUUAUUUUAUAUUAUCAAUCCGAAUACGACGUCUUAUUCACAUGUGGAAAAUGUACCCAAUUUCGUGUUGAAUGCUUGGCCGUAUUUUCUAUUUUUUAUCAUCUUGGAAAAUAUACUUUUAUGGAUGAAUAAAAAACCUACCUAUCGACUGAACGAUAGCCUGACUAGUCUAUCAAUUGCUAUUGUUUCUGUUACUGUGAGAUUAACAUUUCGAGGAGCUGAGAGUUACGCCUACGUCUAUUUGUACGAAAAUUAUCAUUUUGUGGAUUUACCAUGGAACCAUCCUUCAACUUGGUAUAUGGCAGCACUCGGUGUAGAUUUUUGCUAUUAUUGGAUGCAUAGGGCAGCACAUGAGGUGCAUAUUUUAUGGGCACAGCACCAAGUUCAUCACAGCUCCGAAGAGUUUAAUAUGGUUGUUACUUUACGGCAUUCCGUGUUGCAUGGAUGGUGCGGAUUUAUUUUUUAUUUGCCGUUAGCAUUCGCCAUUCCGCCUGCACAUUUUGUAACUCACCAGCAAUUCAAUUUAAUAUUUCAAUUUUGGGUACACACCGAAGUAGUUAAAACUUUGGGACCAUUGGAGUGGAUAUUUAAUACCCCAAAUCAUCACCGUGUGCAUCACGGUUCUAAUUUUUACUGUCUUGAUAAAAAUUAUGGCGGUGUCCUUAUAAUUUGGGAUCGAAUUUUUGGUACAUUUGCUAAUCCAGCGCCGAAUGAAGAAAUAAUAUACGGUUUAGUUGUUAAUCAACCCUCUUUUAAUCUACUGCGUUUGGAGACUUUUUACACCAUUUAUGCGUACGAGAAAAUGAAUUCAAUGGCUAGUUGGAGAUAUAAAUUGGCUGCCAUAUUUUAUGGGCCCUCUUGGCAACCAAAUAGACCUCGCUUGGGAGCCGAAGAAGACAUCGUGAAGGUGGGACCAAGGGAGAAAUAUUAUGUGAAGCUUCCAAUGUGGUGUAAUGCUUAUAUAAUUAUUCAUUUUUGUUUAGUGAUUUAUAUUUUUCAAGAAUUUGUUAUUUUGCAUGCGCAAAUGAAUCCCAUGACCGCUACAUGUUUUAUAUGUUACAUAAUUGGCUCGCUGACAGUUAUUGGCCUACUUUUUGACAACUCUCAAUAUGCGGCCAAUUGCGAAUUGAUUCGAUGUGGAUUACUAGUGUUUGCUAUACAAGUUGGUGUGCUUACCAUCGAGAAAAAAAAUGUAUUUGGUUUCUGCGAAUUAUUUUUUGGGGUGUCGUCAUUCUUAUGGAUCUUGAAGUCGUUUAAUGUAUUGCAAAUUAGCACACCUGACAAAAAUGCCUGAAAUGAUCCCACCGUUUAUCAAGUUAUUUUUGAAAACUAAUGAUACAAUAAGACCCAAGGCAAAGUGAAGGACGGUAAAAAAAAUUUGUUACUAAAAUGUUCUGUGUUGAAUAAAUGUUGUGCAUGGAGUCCCUCAAGGAUCUAUAUUAGGGGCUUUACUUUUCAUUAAUAAAUAAAUGACUUUCUUACUUCUUAAUUUCGGACCACAAUAUCAAAACUUUAGCUCUUGAAAGUCCCAUAUCAAGUCAUAUAUUGAUGAAAAACUUACUUGGGUCGACUUAUACAAUAUCGUUCCUGAUUGUAUCAAACCUCACAAUUUUUUUCAAUUUAAAAGUCGUUAAGCCGCAUUUAUUAAGACAUUCUUUUUAUAACGUUACUGAAUAUUUACAUACGCCUUGGAGAACUAUUCAAUAAUUUUAAUGAUAUUUAUUUAUUUCAUUGUUUGUUUACUUUUGUGUACCUGUGUAGUAGUAUUCUCAAGAGUCCCUUUCACCUUUACUUGUUUAUAUUUUAUCUCUGUUUUGUCUCUUAUUAACUAAAAUUUUAAAUUGUUUAUAAUCCAUACUAUUCUGUUUCAGCCACAUGGUUUGUUUAGCUUUUAUUUAUUUGAAAUUUUAAACUGUUUUUAUUAUUCUUUUUAUAUAUGCAUUGUACUAAUUUAUUAUUAAUUUACUAUAUUUACUGACUUGUCAAAACCUAUUUAUGGUAUACGGACAAAUAAAAAUUGAUUGAUUGAUU